AUGUACUCGCUAUUCGUGUUCAUUAUUCUAUGCGCGAAAGUCGAUGCAAUUUCAAAGGAUAAAGAUGAUUAUGAGAGUGGCAGCGACUUAGGGGCAAGUCUAGUGUCGUCAUUGAGAAAUGAUGCUAACUUGGAUCUGUCCGUCGACGAGGAAUACGAGGAUCUCCGCGCUGAGCUCCUGGCUUACCACUCCGCUCUAUCUUCGCUUGCAUCGUCACGGCGGUCUUUGUUAACGACACCGUGUUGGUCCAUUGGAGGCAUUUGCAUCAAUUACAAACUGUGCCCAUUCGAUAGGCGCCUCACAGAAGUACCGGGUUGUAAAAACAGAUUAAAUGUAUGCUGCUUCGUUUGGAACCGCUAUGAAGUACGAGACAUGAGAGACAAAGGAAUUAGCAAUCUGGCGUUCCCAUGGAGUCCUAAACUUGACUUUGGCGGUGAAGGAAUUGUACUAUGUCGGCAACAUGCUGGGCUCGAGGCGGCGUCUGUGUUCAUAUUCGAGAAUGUCCCAGUAUGGACUUUGAUUCAGGAGUAUUUGGAUGUACCCAACGUUACAAAGUGUGCUGCAGGAAUAUAA